AUGUCGAAGAUCACACACAUCAGCGGCACGCCGCAAUGGAACAACAUCCUCUCAUCCAACACAUACGUCGUGGCAGACUUCUAUGCAGACUGGUGCGGACCGUGCAAGGCGAUCGCGCCCGUCUUCGAGCAGCUGGCGCAGCAAGAGGCCAAGCCCGGCCGCCUGGCCUUCGUCAAGGUCGACGUUGACGCCCAGCAGGGCGUCGCCGGGAAGUACGGCGUAUCUGCUAUGCCCACAUUCCUCGUCUUCAAGAGCGGCUCCGUGACCGAGACCAUCCGCGGCGCCAACCCGGCCGCGCUCCGCGCCGCCGUGACCAAAGCCGCGGCCGACGCCGCCAAAGGCCCCGGACGCACGAGCGCGGCUUUCCAGUCCAAGGGACACGUGCUGGGCGCCGGCGGCAGCGGCAGCGGCAGCGGCGCGAGGACGACGGGAGACUGGGCCUGGAACCUCACGCAACGGCGUGGCGGCUUGCUCGACACUGUGGUGAGGUUCUUCGCGCUGUACAUCAUCACGUUGUUUUCGUUCGAUGCGUUCGCCGCGGCGAGGGAGAGCCCGUUCAAUGUGAACAAGAAGAAUCAGUAG